GGCUGCAUGGUAGUAUGGGAGCAGGCAGAGCUGCUUUUCAUGGAGGAGAACAUCUGAACUCAGAGGAGAAACAAACUGAAGCAUCGAUCCAGCAUCAUUACUAUUGAUACUUGGAUCAGACCUGAGGACAGCGGUAAUCACGUGGGUCUGUGCUUCCCGAUCUCUGUGUGUUUGGAAAGACUUCCAGCUUCAUCCCGGAGUUUAACUGAAGAGAUCAGAUACUUUGUGUCCCAGUUGAGUAGCAGCAGGAGGAGGAGAGGCUGACGGAGCAGCAGAGGAACAUUUUCAGCCUCUACAGAGGAAACAAUGAGUUCAACACAACAGGACCAACAUGGACCGAGGAGUCAGCGCUCUCAGGAGCCUCACAGAGGGAAGGGAGCAAAAGAAUACCGCUGUCAUCAAUGUGGGAAGCAUUUUACCCGAUCUCGAAAUUUAAAAAGACAUCAUCUCAUCCACACUGGAGAUAGACCGUACAGGUGUGAGCUGUGUGGAAACUCUUUUAACCAGCAGGAAAGCUUAAAAAAGCACCAACGGAUCCACAGUGGAGUGAAACCGUACAGCUGUGAUCAGUGUGGAAAAGCUUUUACUCACAAAAGCACCUUACAGAGGCAUCACGUUGGCCACUCUGGAAUUAAAGCAUACAGCUGUGACAUCUGUGGAAAAACGUUCAGCCUUCUAGGGACUCUAAAUAGACACCUACGCCUUCACACUGGUUACAAUGUGUACUGCUGUGAUCAAUGUGGCAAACGGUUCACAACAGACGGGCUCCUAAAACUCCACAAAUUUACCCACACUGACGAGAAACCUUAUAAAUGUGAACUGUGUGAUAAGGUUUUUAAAGCUCCACAAUACCUGAAAAGACACCAAGAGAUCCACAGCAUAAAUAAACCAUACAAGUGCAGUUACUGUGAGAAGCAGAGCCACACAGAUGGAUCCAGUUCUCAGCCCUGUCCUCACUGUGGUGGUGGGAAAGCGUUUUGCUGUGACCACUGUGGGAAAACUUUCAGUCAUCGAAGGAACCUAAAAACCCAUCAACGCAGACACACUGAACACAAACUGAAGUACUGCAUAGAAUGUGGGAGCAGCUUCCCCACAUCAAGUGAAUUAAAACAACAUGAGCUCUUCCACAGUGGGAUUAAAAAGCACCUCUGUGGCCAGUGUGGGUCAUCCUUCACCACUGCAGGUCAGCUUAAAGGACAUAAACGGGUCCACACAGGAGAGAAGCCAUACAAGUGCAGACACUGUGAGAAAAGCUUCUCACAUUCAAGUAGUCGUAACCUCCAUGAACAUACACAUGUUGAAGGGAACUACAGCUGCGACCAAUGUGGAAAGAGCUUCAGGAAUCUCAGUUCGUACUCCAAACACCAACGAUCCCACGCUGCAAGGAAACUGUUUCACUGUCACCAAUGUGCAAAAAUAUUCAUUUCAUUAUCUGCUCUGUACAAACAUCAGCGUGAUCAUGCAGGCCUGAAAUCAUUCCCAUCAUUGGAUCACAAGGAGUCUGCAGAGUCAGAAACCUCCUCUUGGGGUCAAACUUAAAAUCUUUGAGAUCCACAGAAUUCCGAUGGAAUCUCCUGUAAAGAUAAUGUCACACUUGGAUUUUACAUUUAGGAAGCUGCAAGUAUAGAAAUCUACAGUACCAGUCAAAAGUUUGGAGACACCUUUUUUUCAAUUUAGUGUUUUUUCAUUAUUUAAAAAGUGUCUGCAUUGUAGAUAUUAAAGUCAUCCCAA